CUUUCUUGUUCACAAGGCAAACAGUGACUCCUAAUUUUCAAUCUUAUAACCCAAACUACCAUUGUUACUCCUGUAGUUGAAAGAAAAUUUGCAAAAGAUUUCUUUAAACACCCACACAGACAUGGAUGAGAGGUUGCAGAAUGCUGCCAUAGAAGGAAAUGUGGAUGCAUUAUAUUCAGUACUUGCAGAGGAUCCUUACGUUUUAGAGCGUAUUGAUCAAGUACCAUUUGUGACUACUCCCUUGCAUACAGCUGCAAGGGAGGGAAAGAUCCAUUUCGCCAAGGAGAUACUAAACUUAAAGCCUUCAUUUGCUUGGAAGCGAGACCAUCUUGGGCGUAGCCCCCUCCACUUGGCUUUGGAGGGAAAGCGCCUGCAGGAAGGGCUUAGUCCCCGUGAUUUGGAUUUGGAAGAGAAGUACCAGGAACUUGUAACAUGGUUGAUAAAACAUGACAGUGAGGUUGUCCGUGUUAAAGCAAAGGGGAUGGUUACUCCUCUGCACUAUGCAGCUCAACUAGACGAUGAAUCCAGUGUGGCUGACUUUUUGUAUGUUUGUCCAUUAUCAAUCGAAGAGUUGACUGUUAAAUCUGAAACUGUUGUACAUGUGGCUGUAAAAAACGGGAGUUUCAAAGCCUUUAAAGUCUUGCUAGGAUGGCUUCGACGCUUCAACAAAGAGGAGAUCCUGAAGUGGAAGGACGAGGAAGGAAACAAUCCAUUGCAUACUGCAGUGUCUGCAGAUCAACCUGAGAUGGUGAAGCUGUUGAUUGGAUAUCUGAAAGUGAAUAUAAACAACAGUAAAGGUUUGACAGCUUUGGACAUCUUCUACGUUCGCCGAUGUCAAGGUUUGGUAGAUGCAGCAGUUGGGGACAUUCUACUUGCUGCUAAUGCUAAAACUGCUUGUCAACUCCAUCGUCCGUCCUUAAGAGAUUCAAAAAAACCUUUACUAGUCGAGUACUUCUCUGGUGGCUUACCGUUUUCAGAAAAAAUUCUGAAAAGAUUCUCGCUAGGUUACCGAAGAGUUGAUGAAAUUCCCCUUGAAGUCCGGAACGUACUACUUGUGGUGGCUAUAUUGAUAGCCACAGCCACCUAUCAAGCAGCACUGAGCCCCCCGGAGGAUAUUGGCAAGAUGACCACGAACAUGAAGCAGGGAUGAUGAUUCUGGGGUCUUCAUUCCAAUUAUCAUUUUUGGCAUUUAAUUCUUUGGCUUUUUUACGUCUGUGUGCUUUAUUUCCACUCUUGUAGCUGGCCUCCCAUUUUACAUGAACAUUAACGCACUGAUAUUUUUGAUGCAAUUUUCUUAUUAUAUUUCUAUUCUUGAAACUUUUGACUACAACGGAAGUUCCUUUCCACACUCCUUGUUUAUCUUUUUUCUGUUUGUAAGUGGGCUUGCAGCAUAUUAUAUCCCAUGGUUCUUAGAUUUGCAACAUUCGAAGCUCGCGCGGAAUGGCCGCCGGAGGAACCUACGUUUGGGAAGCUUUGAACAACCUAAGAUGCGAAAUCAGCUGUAAAUAGUAAUAUUGAAUUUAUAUAUUUUUUCUGCCACUUGUUUAUGUUUUGUAAUUGCUUGAGAUGUUACAACAACUCUCUGAAUAUAUUUAAUGGACUCGUAUAUAUAAUCGUCUUUUGACGAUUCAUUAGUGUAUGUGAUUAAAGGUAUUAUGGUCAUUUAAUGACGGUUUUUUAA